AUGUUGACAACCCAAAUUUUUGCCGCUAUCGCCUCGUGCCUGGCCGCAUCAUGUGCAGCAGCACCAAUGGCAAAUGCCGAAGCCGUUGCCAAGGCUGCAGCCUCAGAUGACUGCACUACGGUGGAAAAAAGCUACCACAAGCACCACCAACACAAGAGAGCCGUUGCAUACGACUACGUUUACGUGACGGUGACAGUUGACGGAGACGGAAAUACCGUUACUCCAACCGUUGAGAUUGUUUCAACGCCAACUUCCGCCGCCUCAUCGUACUCAGAGGCUCCUGCCCCAUCUUCGGAGGCUGAGGAAUCUUCCGAAUCAUCAUAUUCCGCCCCAGCCACCACCACUGAAGCCUCAUCUUACGUCGCUUCAUCAUCAUCAGCCUCGUCUGCCGCCCCAUCGUCAUCAUCGUCCACUUCGUCGACCUCUUCUUCGUCUGAAGGUGGAAUCAGUGGUGACUUGAGUGCCUUCGAGGACCCAUCCGACGACUUCCAGGAUGGUACCAUCGCAUGCUCCGAUUUCCCAUCCGGAAACGGUGUCAUUGCCUUGGACUGGCUUGGAUUCGGCGGCUGGUCCGGUUUGUAUCAUGACGAUACUUCUACCGGUGGAAGCUGCGAAGACGGCACUUACUGCUCGUACGCUUGCCAACCCGGUAUGUCGAAGACCCAGUGGCCUUCCGACCAGCCAUCAAACGGUGUUUCUGUUGGAGGUUUGUACUGCAAGAACGGUUACCUCUACAGAACCAACACCGAUACCACCCACCUCUGUGAGUGGGGUGAAGACAGUGCUGUUGUCGUGUCCGAGCUCUCUGAUUCCGUCGCAAUCUGCAGAACAGACUACCCUGGUACCGAGAACAUGGUUAUUCCAACCGUUGUCGAUGCCGGAUCCAGCAACAUUCUCACUGUCGUUGACGAGGACACUUACUACAAGUGGCAGGGAAAGAAGACCUCGGCCCAGUACUACGUCAACAACGCUGGUGUUUCUUACGAGGAUGGCUGCAUAUGGGGUACUUCGGGCUCCGGUGUCGGUAACUGGGCUCCUUUGAACUUCGGUGCAGGUGCAACCGGUGGCAUCUCAUACUUGUCCUUGAUUCCAAAUCCAAACAAUUUGGAUGCCGCCAACUUCAACGUCAAAAUCGUCUCCGACGGCGGUGACGUCCAGGGUGACUGCGUGUAUGAGAAUGGCAGCUACAACGGUGAUGGUUCCGACGGUUGUACCGUUGCCGUUACCAACGGUAAGGCCAAGUUCGUUCUCUACAACUGA